CUGUAGUUGUUUCUCAGUUACAGCCAGAGAGCCCUACCAUUGCCAUGGACACCAGCAAUGCUGCUCAAGCCAGUAGCAUUCCUGACUCAUUUUUAGCUAGUCCUAAGCCCACGCCAAGUACCACAUCACUUAUUCCAUCGCAUGUCAAAAUCGGUGGAUCUGCUGAUAUGAGUAGCUGGUCUAAAGAAUAUUUGAGUGUUAUAAAUGUCAUUGGUCGUCUCUUUGAAUGUUCUAAUAUAUUGGCAUUGCCUUCAGCAAGGUGUCCUAUUGUUAGGUUUACCGUGUCCUCUUUGAAUGUGUCUUGUGAUGUAUCAGUGAACCGAAGGCUAGGCCCUUAUAAUUCAAAGCUGCUGAAGGCCUACUUGAACUUUGAUAAAAGAGUAUCGCCUCUUCUUUAUCUCUUGAAGUCUUGGCUAAGAACGUGUGGCGUGAUGGGUUUUAAAAGAACACAAAUAAACAAUUACUCGCUCUCACUUAUGCUCAUAUAUGCCCUCCAGAAAACAUCUCCUCCUGUGUUACCAUGCUUCCAGGACCCAAAAACAUGGCCGCUAAAUAUGGAAUGGUAUGGCGGAGCAGGAUUCAUGUUAAGGAAGCACGAAGCUGAAUACAUUGAUGGAUGGAAAGUUGAUUUUGUCAAUCCCAACUCACUUCUUCCAUCAAAGAACACAUCAUCAAUAGCUGAACUAGCUCACCAUUUCUUCCAUUUCUAUUCAGCA